AUGCAGGGGGUGGCGGUCAGCCCUGUCCAGCCCCAGGGGACACCCCUACUGCUCCCAGAGCCCCCGAGGCAGGGUCUGAGCAGGCUGAAGAGGCACUGGGGCAAAUCGGUGGUGCCAGACGGGGGCCCAGCCUGUGGACUCAAUGACCUCCUCAAGCCUGAAGACCACCCCCCAAAACCAAAAUCAGAAUCUGAGCAGUCGCGUGGCUUCCCUGUUGCCCCCAGUACCCCACACCCGUCGCCUCAGAACCGGGCAGACCCCAGUACCCUGGCGGCCUCCAGUAGCCGUGGUAACUCCGAGUUGCCCCGGACCCCAGCAGCCCCAAGGGCCCCCGGCUGCCCCGCGUCGCCCCCGUGCCCCCGGCCCCUCCCCCGGGGCACUCCUGGUCUUCGCCCCCGCACCCCGACUUCCCUCAGCGGUCACCCCGUCACCCCGAGCCCCGUCGUCCUGGUAACCCCGCCGCCCGGCGCCCCGGCCUCGCCCCCUCCCCCCGGGCCCCGCUACCCCUCCCCCGGCCCGACCCGCGGACAGCACGGCGGUCGCCGGGUGGGCCGGGCCGAGCGGGCGCUCACCGGCGCGGGGCUCCGCCUCGUCCCAGGCCGCCGCCGACGCCGGAGCUCCUCGCGUCCCCGACGCCCCGGCAGCGCGGCCUCCCCGCCCGGCGCCGCUACCGACCGCCGGAGGGGCCCUGACGCCACCCGCCGCCGCCGCCCGACGCCCCUGUGA